AUGGGUUGUACUCAAUCGACAGAAGAUGCAGCUGCCAAAGUUCGAAGCGCCGAGAUCGACGAGCAGCUCAAGAGGGAUCGUGCCAACCUCCGAAAUGAGAUUAAAAUGCUGUUGCUAGGUGCGGGUGAAUCGGGUAAAUCAACGGUCUUGAAGCAGAUGAGAUUGAUUUAUAACAAACCAUACGACGUAGAAGAGAGAGAUAGUUAUAGGGAGAUUGUUUAUUCCAAUACUGUUCAAUCGAUGAGAGUACUCCUUGAGGGAGUAGCAUUGAUGGAGAUUCCUGUCAACCCAUCCAACCAAUCUCGUUGGGAUGUGAUCAUGGCUGCUCCAGCGCAGAUUGAGGGGGAUAUCUUCCCUCCUAAAUUGGCUGAUGCGGUGGCGGGACUAUGGAGAGACCAAGGUGUUCAACAGGCUUUUGAAAGAAGGAAUGAAUUGCAAUUGAAUGAUUCUGCGCCUUACUACUUUGACGCUAUAUCGCGAAUCAGUCAACAGGAUUAUAUGCCCACGGACCAAGAUAUCCUACGAGCGAGAGUCAAGACAACGGGUAUCACUGAAACUCAUUUCAAGAUUGGUGAACUCACUUACAAACUGUUUGAUGUCGGUGGUCAACGGUCCGAAAGACGAAAAUGGCUGAACAUUUUCGAUUCAGUCACUGCUUUGGUAUUCUUGAUUGCUAUUUCAGAAUACGACCAGAAAUUAUACGAAGAUGAGACUGUGAAUCGUAUGCAAGAAGCUAUGACGUUGUUUGAAUCAGUUGCCAAUUCAAGAUGGUUCACCAAGACAUCCAUCAUAUUAUUCUUAAACAAAAUCGAUCUCUUCCGAGCCAAAUUGUCUGUAUCACCUUUACAAAAUACUUUCCCCGAAUAUCGAGGUGGAGCAAACUACGAUGCUGCCUGUGCUUUCCUGUUGGAGAAGUUUGUGGGGUUGAAUAAGAACCCUUCGAAAUCUAUUUAUGCGCACUAUACAGACGCAACCGAUACUAAAGCUUUAUCAUUCGUUAUCUCAGCUAUCAAUGAUGUGAUAAUUCAAGUCAAUCUACGAGAUUGUGGUUUAUUAUAG